AUGAACCCCAGAAAAAACCGGGAUCGGCCGGGCCGGGACUCGAACCCGCGGCCCYGMCGCCUCCUCCUCCKYCACCAGCAGGGGGCGCCCUCUCCGCGAGCCGCACCCCYCCGGCAUCGCCAUAGCGACGCCGUUUACUGCCGGGUGCGGCCGCUGAGCCGCGCGGACCAGGAAUGCUGCAUCGAGGUGAUCAACGAGACCACGGUGCAGAUCCACCCGCCCGAGGGCUACCGGGUGUUCCGCAAUGGCGAGUACCGCGAGACCCAGUAUUCCUUCAAGGAGGUGUUUGGCACCCAGGUGGUGCAGAAGGAGCUCUUUGACGUGGUGGCCAAACCUCUGGUGGAGGAUCUGAUCCGYGGCAAAAAUGGUCUCCUGUUCACCUACGGAGUGACGGGCAGUGGGAAGACCCACACCAUGACGGGCUCCCCAGGGGAUGGGGGCCUCCUGCCCCGCUGCCUGGCCAUGAUCUUCAACAGCAUCGGGCCCUUCCAGGCCAAGAGAUUCGUUUUCAAGYUGGAUGACAAGAACGGGGUGGAUGUGCAGAGCGAGGUAGAGGCUCUGCUGGAGCGCCAGAGGAGAGAGGCCCUGCCUGUCCCAAAAACUCCAGCUGGGAAGAGACAGCUGGAUCCGGAAUUUGCUGACAUGAUCAACGUGCAGGAUCACUGCCGGGUGGAGGAUGUGGAUGAGGACAAUGUCUACGGCGUCUUCGUGUCCUACAUCGAGAUCUACAACAACUACAUCUACGACCUGCUGGAGGAGACACCUCUGGAAUCCAUCAAACCCAAGUGGAACAGUUGCAACACCCCAGUGAGAAAUGGAGACUUUGUACCUCCCCAGUCCAAAAUCCUCCGUGAAGACCAGAACCACAACAUGUACGUCACAGGCUGCACGGAGGUGGAGGUCAAAUCCACCGAGGAAGCUUUUGAGGUCUUUUGGAGAGGGCAGAAGAAGAGGCGCAUCGCCAACACGCAGCUGAACCGGGAAUCCAGCCGCUCCCACUCCGUGUUCAUCAUCAAACUGGCGCAGGCGCCGCUGGAUGCGGAUGGGGACAAUGUGCUCCAGGAAAAGGAGCAGAUCACGCUSAGCCAGCUGUCCCUGGUGGAUCUGGCCGGAAGUGAGAGGACCAACAGGACCAAAGCUGAAGGGAACCGGCUCAGGGAAGCAGGGAAUAUCAACCAGUCAUUAAUGACAUUGAGGACAUGCAUCGAGGUUCUCCGGGAAAACCAAUUGUAUGGGACAAACAAGAUGGUUCCAUACAGAGAUUCCAAACUGACUCAUCUCUUCAAGAACUAUUUUGACGGAGAAGGGAAGGUUCGGAUGAUUGUGUGUGUGAAUCCCAAGGCUGAGGACUAUGAGGAAAGCCUGCAAGUGAUGCGCUUUGCAGAGAUGACCCAGGAGGUGGAGGUGGCCAGGCCCGUGGACAGGCCCCUGUGUGGGCUCACUCCGGGCCGGCGCUUCCGGAACCAGGCAUUCCGGGAGGAGCUGUCCCGGAAACUCGAGAUGAGGGGCGGCCCUGUGGGAGGAGAGCCGGAGGAGCAAUCGGCAGCGGAGCUGUUUUUCCAGAGGCUCCCUCCCCUGCCUUCCUGCGAGCUCCUGGACAUCAACGACGACCAAACACUCCCGAAGCUGAUCGAGGCCCUGGAGCAGCGCCACCACAUGAGGCAGCUGCUGGCAGAGGAAUUUGCCAAAAAUGUUCUUGCCUUUAAAACCAUGCUGCAAGAAUUUGAAUCCAGCGUUGCAUCCAAAGAAAACUAUAUCCAAGGAAAACUGGCUGAAAAGGAGAAAACCAUAACAGGGCAGAAGACAGAGCUGGAACGCCAGGAGAAGAAGAUUAAAACCUUGGAAUACAAGAUCGAGAUUUUGGAGAGGACRGCCACGAUUUACGAGGAGGACAAGMGGAACCUGCAGCAGGAGCUGGAGAGCCAGAGCCAGAAGCUGCAGCGGCAGGCGUCGGACAAGAGGCGGCUGGAGGCCCGGCUCCAGGGAAUGGUGGCCGAGACCACCAGCAAGUGGGAAAAGGAAUGUGAGCGGCGUGUAGCCGCCAAGCAGCUGGAGAUGCAGAACAAGCUGUGGGUGAAGGACGAGAAGCUGAAGCAGCUCAAGGCCAUCGUCACCGAGCCCAAGGCCGAGCGGCCGGAGAGGCCUUCCCGGGAGCGGGACCGGGAGAAGCCUCUCCAGAGAUCCGUGUCUCCCUCUCCAUUGCCUAGCUGUGCUGAGCUGGCUGAGGCUGAGCCCAGCCCGGCCCCCAGGCGCUCUAACUCCUGUAGCAGCAUCUCUGUGGCCUCCUGCGUGCUGCAGUGGGAGCAGAAGGGCCCUUCCUACAAGCAAGGCACUCCCAAAUCCAGGAAUAAAGCAGGAGCAGAGCCAGGCAGAGGCAGGCCCAGCCCCGGCAGGAGGAGAGGGCUGCGCCAGCCGGGAACGCCGGAGGUGCCGGGGGCUGGCGAGGAGGGCGAGCAGGAAGAGGAACACAGCUGCAGGAGUGCUCCGGCGGUGCGGCUCCGAUCCCGGCGUUCCCGCUCGGCCGGGGAGCGCUGGGUGGAUCACCGGCCCCCGACGAACAUCCCCACGGAGACGCUGCUGCAGCCGCACGUGCCCAAGGCCAUCACGGUGGGYGCCCCCAGCGAGCGGGCGCUGGCACGAUGUGACCGCUACCUGCUCACCCACCAGGAGCUGGCCUCYGACGGCGAGAUCCGCACCAAGCUCUUCAAGGGGGACGUUAUCCAGACUCGGGGCGGUGGCCAGGCUGUGCAGUUCACAGACAUCGAGACCCUCAAGCAGGAAUCUCCCACGGGGCGGAAGCGCCGCUCGUCCCCUCCUGAUCCCGAUCCUGCUGGGGACACUGCRGACUCGGAAUGGACAGACGUGGAAACCAGGUGUUCCGUGGCCGUGGAGAUGAGGGCGGGAUCGGCUCUGGGACCGGGAUACGAGCACCACGCCCAGCCCAAGCGCAGGAAGCCCUGACCUUGUCCCGCUGGAAUCGYGGAUUUUCCCAGCCUGAGGAAUUCCCUGCUGCCACUGUUCCUCAGGAACUGCUUUGUGCUCAUGCUGGGAGGUUUUUUAGAGAAGCUGGGAAGCGCUUCCAUGGGUGAUCCCAAAGAAGUUACGGAUGGAUGUGUCCUUUUCCACAGAUUCCAGGAAGUCCUGAAGGUCCCUCUGGAAUUCUGUAUCCUUAGAGAUAGAACCACAAGGCUUUUCUCUUGGAGCUUUUCCCAGCUUUUUCCCAGUUUUUCGGUCCCAAAUCCAUCUUUCUUGGUCAUGCCCUCUUUCCGGGGCCUCCCUCUGGAGCAGCCUCAAGUGCAGCCAUUGUGGAGCUGCAGUCGAGCACUUUAAGGGUGUUUUUGGCCAUUCCCAAUUUUAUCGGAACCAGGAAAAGCUUGGGAAGAYGGAUUUCUGCUGGAAAGGAUGAAUUUGGAAUAUUUCAAGUGKGAAGGAGYUGUCAGGACAGUCCAGAGUCCCCAAAAUCCYGCUUGGAAUUUAGUGGGGGUUCAACAUCCAACCUGCUUGGGCAUGCAAGGAAAUGAUGGAAUGUUUUCCAUCUGGGAAUUGAGGGAGAAGUGGGAUUUCCUCACGGGUGGGGUGGGAAUGUGUGUGUGUCCCUGCAAACGUGUUCAAUAAAUCCUUUUAUUCCAUACYCUCCUCCUGGGAUUUAGGGAAUGCUGAGGGCUCAUCCCAGAUUUUUGCACAAGCAUGGGAUUUUUUUGGGAUCAUUCCAGGUGUUCAAUCCUGGAAUCUGCUUGGAUCCAGAGACAGGAYUGGGACAAUUUCAGCUUCAGGUCUGC